UGGGAGGAGACUGCAAGACCACACGUGGAAACUGGAUGACACAGACAAAACACAGUGUCUGAGAGAAGGAGUGGAACAGGUAUAGUUGGUUGUUUGCCACAACUGACUCUCUGUUGGUGUGACAACAAAACAAACGAGUGAGAAGGAAGAAACUGCCACGAACAACACUUAAAAGUCCAGUUCAAUGAAGAUCUGCAAGGACUAAAACGUGAAACUAAUUGACAGAAAGAAGUGCAUGGAACUCUGACAUCAGCAGAAAAAAAGCAAACGCAACAAAUAGCGUGUCUAAAGAGGUCAGCGCCCGAGGACAUCUGUAUGCAAGACGGACAAACUACAACGAUACAAUGUUGAUGAAAGAGUACCGCAUAUGCAUGCCACUCACUGUGGAUGAGAAUAGGGCAGCUAUACAUGAUCAGCAAGCACAGCUUCGAUCAGAGCGGAAGUGGAGAAGGAGUGGAGGUGGUGAGGAAUGAACCUGACAUUCAUCCUCAGCACGGCCCAGGACAGUUGACAGAGAAACGAAUCUACCUCAGCAGUAAGUUGCCAGGCUGGGCAAAGUCAUUUGCCCCGCGGUUCUUCUACGUGACGGAGAAGGCCUGGAAUUUCUACCCAUACACCAUCACAGAAUUCUCAGUAUCAUUCCUCCCCAAGUUCAGCGUACGUAUUGAGACACGAUUCGAAAACAACAAUGGCUGUAAUGACAAUGUGUUCAUGGACACGCCAACAUCUACGGAGAAUGUGAGUUACCUGGAUAUCCUGAGUGACCCCAUUCCUGAAAAACACUACAAAGAGUCAGAGGACCUCUCUCGCUGGCGGUCAAGUAAGACUCAGCGAGGGCCUCUGGAGGAGGGCUGGAGGGAAGACCACCAGCCCAUCAUGUGCUCUUACAAGAGGGUGCAGUGCAGUUUCGAAGUGUUGGGCCUCCAGACGAUGGCUGAGGAUUUCCUACACAAAAACAUCCGCGACAUUCUCCUGAUUGGUCACAGGCAAGCAGUCGCUUGGGUGGACGAAUGGCACGGGCUAAGCUUGGAGGAGGUGAGAGAGUAUGAAAAGAUGAUGCAAAAGAAGACCAACAGUAAAGUCAAACAAAACAUUGGUGCUCCAACAUCCACAGCUCCCAUGUUCUCUCGUUCCAUGUCGGUGACGGACGAACGUACCUUGAGGAAAAUGGGAAGCACCGAAACUUCGGUGGAUUCCAACGUUCCACAUUUGAGCCGACUCAGCUCCACCUCUUCUGAAUGAGGACUCGCACACAAUAUCAAACACAGUCCAUGUUUUUCGUGACUUGUGUUUCUUCUGUCAUGUACAUAAAACACAAAUAUGUUUCUUCAGUAAGCUGUCAAUAAUAUGGUCAUUGGACAUCAAUGGCAAUUGAACGAGCCCAGGCCUCCAUCAAGUAGAACUGGAAAAUUCAAACGGAAAAUUUGCAUGGGAAUUAAUGGGAAUAAACUAGAGAUACACAAAACUGAAUCUUGGCUUUUUAAUUUAGAACUUCAAUAUAAUAUAUAUUUUACCCUGAUUUUUGAGUGGCCAAAUUUACAAGAUGUGUAAGUUAUGAGUAUUUUUUUUAUAUUUUGUGUAUGUGGCGAGGCAAAAUGUGAGGUACAAGAACAUUUUGGAUAUUCUCACGAGCUAUGUAUUUUGCCAGGAGGUCUUGCAUUUAAAUUAGCACCUAAUUACCCUAAAUCUUCAUAAUUCCCAUGGAAUGUAAUAGAUGCUGAUAGUUGUAGUACUAGAAGAGCAACUAUGAAGGCAAUGAAAACAUUCUAAGCCCACAAAAAUGAUUCUUAUUCCAGGGUUUCUACAGGUAUCAGCAAAUCUGAUUUAAUGCUUUUUAAUGCCACUUUAAACUAAUUUAAUGCCCUUGCCCAACUGCAGAUAGUUUCACACGCAUAAAUUGUUCAUAGAGUUGUCCGAUAAUGACUUUUUAACCGAUAACCGAUAUCCCCAUAGUUAAACUUCAAAAGUUCGAUACUGUUAGAUGCGGUCGCAGACUUAACAUAUUAUGGCUAAUUGUAUUGUAUUGCCCCACAGGAUACCUUCAUAAUGAUAAAUGUAACAACUUCAAGGUUUUCCCAUAAACAUUGUGAAAAAUAAGGGGACAACUUCAACUGAGGUUUUGGAAAAUGUGCCUAUAUGGCACCACUAUAUUCAUUGUUGACAUCAAAAUAGUGCAAACAUUAGCUUUUUUUUUCAUCAAGUGCAAGUGCAAAAUGCCAAUAAAGCACUGCCAUAUCACAUAAUAAUAAAGGCACGCAGCAGUACAGUGAAUGAGUUAUGUAAUGAGUUUAUAAUGAAUUAUUUUUCAAUCAUUUAUUGUCCAUUUAAUUUUUGCACCAUGAAUGCAAAUGGUGUGCGCACAUAAAAAAAACAAAGCAUCUUAGUUUAGAGACAUCUCAUAGUCAGUCAGCAUAAAUGCAGUGCUAGGCUGUGACCAGCCCUUGAACAAAGGCAGAAGGCCUCUACAUUCAAUUUGAAGGCACAUUGCAUAUUCGCCCAAAACCGAUAAUGAAAAAUAGAUGUCAAGAUUAUCCGAUAUCAUUUUUAAAUGAUUUUAUCGGGCAUUAUUAUCAGCUACCCGAUAAUAUCGGACAACUAAUAAAUUAUGCAAAACAAAUUUCUUUAACCGUCAAUAAGUUUCUUUAAUACUCUAAUCGUCUAUUUAUGAAUGCCUCGAAUAUUUAGUUUAAUGCUUAUGAAUGCUUUUUUAAAGGUCUGACUUUUGACAAAAUCCACUUAAUAACUUUUAAUGCUUAUUAAUGACCCACACAAACCCUGAAUUCUGAAAAUAUUCAAUUUAGAAUAUUUCCCAAAAUCCCUCAUUUUACCUUGUUUGGAAUUUACUUGAACCUUGAAAAGCUGUAACUGCUCACCUGUUUGCAACUUUGCUACCGAGGCCUAACAAUACUAAUUCAUAUGUACAUACCUAUAUUUAUGAAAAUAGUAUUUCCAGAAAAAAAUCCUUAUCAAAGACAUUUUAAUCACAUUUUUCAUCAAACCUGUAUGGUUUCAUUCUGUGCUAAUCUCAAGUGCGGGACCUUCAUCACACAGUUUUGUUCAGCUCUGACCUUGUGGACUUGAGUUAUUACAGUUUCAUGUUUUAUGACGAGUCAUCAAAUUUUACUGCCACAUGCUCCACCCACACACAAUGUCAAAAUCAAACAUUUUUUCACAUUAAUCUUUGGAAUUAAUCUCCAGCACUACCAGUUUGCUAUUCAAGGACCUCUAGAAAUAGCCAAAGUGAACUUAAAACGGUUUCUGUGUUUUUUUUUUAACAUAGUUUUUUGAGACUUGUUUUUUGCGAGUCUACACACGAUCAACAAUUCCACCAAAUUUUAUGUAGAUAAGUGAAACUGGCUUCAGGGGCUUGCUUUUUAAAAUAUUCCCAAGACUACCACAGAGGCGAAUGAACACCCCUGAAAAAUUCAGGAUGCCUUGGAAUUUAGAAAAGAGCUAAAAAAUGGUGAUUUAUUUAUCAAUUUCCCUUGCCUGGUGGUCAUAGCUGUAACGAAUUCUGCGGACCACCAACCAGGCUCCAGUAUUGUGUCCCAGCCACCAGUCUGCAGCCUACUGACAGAUGCAUAAGGUGUUUAAUAGAGUGGAUCUAAUGAGAGCGCAGGGGGAAGAAGAGGGAGGCUGUCAAUGCUAUGGAUCUGCUUCCCUCCGCAUCUCGGCCAAUAGGUCACAGCAGGUGUAUUGACACGAGGCGCUGAGGCGUUGUAUCGGGGCUUGAUCUCUUGGCUGAGAGUUGCAAAUGGGUCAGGCAGGGGCUAGCCUUCAAUUAUGAGUCAAUAAUGUAGCCAUUUACAAGAUUAUUAGCUUCAUUGAGAGAAAAAAAACAAAAAGACAGCAUGAAUUAGCACAUUGUUGUAUGUAGCAUACUUUUUUCUAUGA